AACCCUAAACCCCUCCACCUUUUCCUUAUAUCUUUGCUGGCCUCCCCUGCCCGCAGCAGCAGCAGCCGCCGCCGCCGCCGCCUCCUCUUCUUUCCGGCGUCAACAAGACCGGCGACCUGUUGAUCUCAGAGUAGAGCCUAGAAGGCAUCCGCCAUGGCCAAGAACCCCAAGGUUUUCUUCGACAUCCUCAUCGGCAAGGCCAAGGCUGGCCGCGUCGUCAUGGAGCUCUUCGCCGACAAGGUCCCCAAGACGGCCGAAAACUUCCGCUGCCUGUGCACGGGCGAGAAGGGGCUUGGCACCUCCGGGAAGCCGCUGCAUUACAAGGGCUCCGUCUUCCACCGGAUCAUCCCCAGCUUCAUGUGCCAGGGCGGCGAUUUCACCCGCGGCAACGGCACCGGUGGGGAGUCCAUCUACGGCGCCAAGUUCGCCGACGAGAACUUCAAGCUGCACCACACGGGCCCUGGCGUGCUCUCCAUGGCCAACGCUGGGCCCAACACCAACGGCUCCCAGUUCUUCAUCUGCACCACCCAGACACCCUGGCUCGACGGCAAGCAUGUCGUCUUCGGCCAGGUCGUCGACGGCUACGGCGUCGUGGAGAAGAUGGAGGCCGUCGGCUCCGGGAGUGGAGCAACCGCCGAGCGCGUCCUCAUCGAGGACUGCGGCCAGCUUGCCGACGAAUGAGUGCCUCCCUGAGUCCCCUGAGACAGUAGAUUGGAGCGUCAUGUAGCCAAAAUGCCAAAUGAAUGAUAAAUAAAUUAGUCUUGUUUUCAGAUGCUCAGAUUUUGUAAUGCAAAUCUGCAUCCGCUGCGAGCAUGCAACAGAUCGAUGAAUCCAAUUCA